GCCUGGCGUAGUUGCGGUUUGUGUCCAGAACUGCACUUGCCUUCACGCAACCCCUAUAUGCCCAACGAUUUUGGCCUAAGAUGUGAAUCCUCUCCUGAUCUGCAGGAUGUCCCUUCCGGGCCACGAAUCCUCUUGAACAACCCCGGCACGCGGCUUUGGUUUAAACAAGAUAACGAAUUUAGAUUGCCCAAAUGUAACGUCAAUUUCAAUCUCAUUAGUCCGAUUUGGCCGCAGGAUCAGGUACGCGACCUGCUGCUGCAGUUAUUUGCCAACCUCUUUGACGACAGCAUAAACGAAGAGGCCUACCAAUUUAGCCUAGCGGGCCUCUGCUUCAACAUCACAGCCAAUGCACCCACACUACGACUCAAUUUCAGCGGCUACAAUCACAAAAUGCUAGUGUUGGUGGAGAACAUAGUGAACCGUUUGGUGCAAUUCACGAGGCCAGAUGAAGAGCGCUAUGCAGUUUUACUGAAGAAGAUGGAGAUGAAGAUGAAGAAUUUCACCUCCUUUUCACCUCUUGAUCAGGCCGAUGGCCAUUGCGCCUCGGUCCUAUUCGAUCGGACUUGUCUUCAUGAGGAGAGGUGUGCAGCAGUCGAUGAAGUUGAUGAGAAUUUUCCUUUUGCAGAAAUCACAUACGAAGAACUGGUGGAAGCUAUACCUUCCUUCUUUCGUCGUGUUUUCGUCGAGACGAUGGUGUACGGCAAUGUGGACGUUGAAGAGGCCUUGAAGUUCAACGAAACUCUAACUAACGCCCUUCAUCAGUACGCCCACUGGCGGUCACCUGUGACUAUGGUCUCACCACACAUGCGAGAGGUUGAAAUUCCCACGGGACCCCCAUGUAUAUAUAAGCAAAUUAAUCGAAGCAAUGCGAUUUCGGCUAUCCUGGUUUACUACCAGAAUCUUCCAAUUACCGCGGAAAAUUGCGCCAUCCAUCGUCUCUUCGACCAGCUUAUUCGCGAACCCGCGUUCAAUCAUCUUCGGACGGAGAAACAACUAGGUUACAUAGUUCGAGCGGGCUGGCACAUGUCCAACUCCUUUCAAGGCAUUCAUCUAGUCAUCCAGUCGAAGUAUCAUCCCAGAGACUUAGAUGAACACAUCGAGGAAUUUAAGACGCUGAUCAACAUGCCGAUGACGGAGUUCAAUGAACAUGUUGAAUCUGUAAUUGCGUUGCUGCUUGAGAAGCCAAAAAAAAUGGGACAACAAGCAACGAGGUAUUGGAGCCAGAUCCUCAGACAGCGUUAUGAUUUCGAUCGGUUUGAACGAGAAGCGGAAAUAAUCAGAAACACCAGUAAGGAUCACGUGCUCGCCUUUUAUAAUACUCACAUCAAAGCAACAUCUGAAGCUCGAAGAAAAUUGGCAAUUUAUGUUAUUGCUGAGGGCGCAACGCCAAUGAAGAAAGAAGAAAUUGGUAUGGAAAUUACAAACCCGACGGAAUUCAAACGCACCCAACCUCUCCGUCCAUUAACUGCGCCUUGCAUUCUGAUGGAUCUCAAGUCGUCAAUAUCUCCUACGCCAACGGCAAACAGGACCUUCUGA